CCUCCCUUGCUGACUGCAGUGAUAUAGAGAGGCUGUGAUCACUGAUCUUCUAUUUCUCUACGAUCUUUGACAAGCCUACGGUAACUUUCCUCAACACUGACCCUCCCAUUUUUAUUGUGAGAGAGUGAAUGCAGUGUAGUUUACCGCAACAAACCAGAUCGUUCCAAAUCGAGACUUUGUGUCUUCUUGAAAACGUGCAGAAAAGAUGGCCUUUCCAGGUUAUGGUCCUCCUUCAGGAUUUGGGCAGUAUGGGGGAGCCCCUGGUGCCCCUGUUAUGGGAGGAUUCCCUGGCCAAACCCAGGAUCCUCUCUAUGGGUAUUUCUCUGGUGUUGCUGGACAGGAUGGCCAGAUCUCUGCAGAAGAGCUUCAGCAAUGUCUAACCCAGUCCAACAUCUCUGGAGGUUAUAAACCUUUCAACCUUGAGACAUGUAGAAUGAUGAUCAGCAUGCUGGACAGGGACUACUCGCACACAAUGGGAUUCAAUGAAUUCAAGGAGCUCUGGAGCGUCCUGAAUGCUUGGAAACAGCACUUCAUGUCCAUUGACCGAGAUCGCAGUGGCAAUGUGGACCCCCAGGAAAUGCACCAAGCCAUAGUCUCCAUGGGUUACAGACUGAGCAGUCAAGCUAUGAAUACCAUUAUCAAAAGAUACAGCACCCAAGGGAAGAUCUCAUUCGAUGAUUAUGUUGCUUGUUCCAUCAAACUCAAAUCGCUGACAGAUUUGUUUAGAAGACGGGAUCAGAGUCAGCAGGGUGUGGCCAGUUUUCAGUAUGAUGAUUUUAUCCAGUGUACCAUGAGCACAUGAGGAGGAGAAGAUGACUAAAGGAAUUUGGACCACUUGUCAUGCCUACCUCCACAUGCUUAUUAUGUUAUAUGCUUAAAACUUGUGGGGGGGUUUCUCCAUUUUUAUACAUUUUAUAAUAACACCAAUACUUUUGAUGUACUGCUUUCACCUAAUUUUUUCUCAAUUUCCUCCAUAGAGUAGAAAAUAUAGUCUAUAGAAGGAACCUAUAUCAAGUCUAGUGAUUGUAAUUAAAAUAUGAAAUGUGCCUGUAUAUUGAUGUUAUCAUGAUUAUUAUUAUUUUUUUGGUUUUAAUCACAAUUUUACCCAAUAUUAAUUCUGAUAAUGUAGUUAUGUGGCAACAACCAGUGGAGGGAAGACUGCACUGUGCCUACUGUGAUAUAAUAAAGUGUAUAUAACCCACAUUCA